CUACCCCCGAACUGGAAAACAGCGAAAGAUGCCGAGGGAAAAACUUAUUUUUAUCACAGUAUUACUCGAAUAACACAGUGGGAUCCACCAACAUGGGAUCAGGCAGAUAUUGUAGCUGACAUGGAUCUUGGUACCCCGACAUUUGACGAGUUCGGUAAAAAGAAAAAGAAGACGAAGACAGCUGAAGCUGAUACAUCAAGUGAAGUAGAGAAGAAAUUAAAAGAUAUAUUUAGGAAAGGAAUGUCCACGUAUAUUGUAUCAUGUUUGAAUCCGUAUAGAAAAAACGACUGUAAACUGGGUAAAAUAACAUGUACAGAUGAUUUUAAACAUCUAGCCAGAAAGUUAACACAUCACGUCAUGGCGAAAGAAUUAAAACAUUGUCGUCAUGUAGAAGAUUUAGAAGUCAACGAAAACGUGAAAUCGAAAGCUAAAGACUACGUCAGAAAAUAUAUGUCUAAAUCAGGAGCCGUGUAUAAAAAACCUUUAGAUGAUGAUAUUUAUUAG